AUGGAGAGCGAUGGUGCUGAAAGGGACAGCUCCGGUGUGGGUGUCCGCGCGCUGACGGGCUGCGCUCUCUGCGCGCUCAUCCUCUCCACGCUGCUGGGGAACACGCUGGUGUGCGCCGCCGUCAUCAAAUUCAGACACCUCCGAUCCAAAGUCACUAAUUUCUUCGUCAUAUCCCUAGCAGUUUCGGAUCUCUUCGUGGCUGUUCUGGUCAUGCCGUGGAAGGCUGUCUCUGAGGUGGCCGGCUGUUGGCUCUUCGGGAGCUUUUGUGACACUUGGAUAGCUUUCGAUAUCAUGUGCUCAACGGCGUCUAUACUCAACCUGUGCAUCAUCAGUUUGGACAGAUACUGGGCCAUCUCAAGCCCGUUCCGUUACGAGCGUAAAAUGACCCAGAGGAUAGCGUUUAUAAUGAUCGGGAUGGCGUGGACACUUUCCGUCCUGAUCUCUUUCAUUCCGGUCAGACUGAACUGGCACAGGGCUGAGGAUCAUAACACGCCCUUAAACCUCACUUUCAGUUCGGAGGACUGCACUGCGACUUUAAACAGGACUUAUGCUAUUGCAUCUUCACUUAUAAGCUUUUACAUCCCUGUUGUAAUCAUGAUAGGAACAUAUACGCGGAUCUACCGAAUCGCGCAAACGCAGAUCCGGAGGAUCUCCACUUUGGAGAGGGCGGCCGGGCACAUGCACGACUGCGCGAGCGAGCAGUCGCUGAAAACCACGUUUAAGAAAGAAACGAAGGUGUUAAAAACGCUUUCCAUCAUCAUGGGGGUGUUUGUGUUCUGCUGGCUGCCCUUUUUCGUCCUCAACUGCAUCGUGCCGUUCUGUGACCUGGACACUCUUGGAGACUCUCUGUGCGUGAGCAGCACCACUUUUAACAUCUUCGUGUGGUUCGGAUGGGCCAAUUCAUCGCUCAACCCGGUCAUCUACGCGUUCAACGCGGAUUUCCGCAAAGCCUUCACCACUAUUCUGGGUUGCAAUCGACUCUGCGCAUCUUCUGCUGUGGAGACAGUGAACUUCACCAACGAGCUGGUGUCCUACCAUCACGACACCACUCAGCUCCACAAGGACGCGCAAGACGCUUCCAACCCCCAGUGCCUGGUUCUGGUCCCCGGUCAUGGCGAGCACGUGGACUUACCUUUUGACAAGGUCUCGGUCGUGUCCGAUUCGUCUCGUAUCCAGCGGAACGUGCUGCUGCCCGCCCUAGAGCAGCAGGAGGGAGAGAUGGAGAUUUCUCUGGACCUGAUGCCCUUCACCUCCACAACACUGAGCGACUGCUGCGGGAUUCCAGGUCAAAUUGAGGAGUGUUGA